UUGUUGCAAAGAGUCGUUCAUAAAGAAAUGAAUCGCUCACGAAUUGCUUGUCACUACCCGUUGCUCGAUGCUGGUAUUCGAGUUCGUUUAGCGGGGCUGCAAAGCGACUGAAGUUUCACUUCACUUGCCAUCUGAUGCAGGGCAUAUUUGCCUUUCUUGGCGUAACAGAGGCUCUGAUGUAAACGUUUUGGGGCUCAUGCUGUGUUGCCAUCUGCUUUGCUCUCUGGACAGACGGGCACUGCCUGACCCCGGAGUCAGAGCCUGGCACUGCCCCUUUCAUCUGAAGCUUCUCCCUCUGCACGACCUGGAGGACACACAGAGCAUAUGAGGUGUGGACCAAGGAGAUAAGGAAGACGACUAGAGGCAUUCAUAUGUGUAAUGGAUUGCUAAAACCUGGACUGGAGAGGCCCAGACUUCUUCACAGCCCCACGGCCUUCAAUAAGUGACUCAAUAAUAGAUUCUGAACCUUCCGAGACCGCUGUCUAUCUGUCACUAGCUUCCUUGAUUGUUAACAUUGUUAGACGGUUUGUGUAGCACUAUCAGCUGCUUGUAUUUCUCCUCCCUCCAGUGGCCAGACACCUUAUUUCGCAACUACUAUUAUUAUUAUUCUGAAUGCAUCCAGCUGCUGUCCCACUGAUCUGAUUAGUCUCAGGUCUGCAGGCUUGGACACGCUGAAAACAGGAAACAAGGACACAUGUCAUCAAACCAUUUACAGUUCAGCUGUGCUAAUCUCUGAAAAGCAGGGUCCAGCUUAUAUAACACCUGGACACCAAAGUCCCAUCUGGAUCAAUUUAGCUGGUGUGAAAGCGUGUGUGCAAUAGCUAUCUGUCCCUUGCCGUGUCAUGUCGUCUUCCCUCGCGCCACAUCUGCUGUUGAGAGGAUCAGACGUGCUGGGGCUGAAAUAAGCAGGCUUGUCAUUUUGUUCUCCUUGAGGGCAAACUGAGGUCCACAGUGCUGCCACUUGUGUGAGAUUGUAAAACUCUCAGAGGUUCUUUCCCUUUCUGUCCAAUCUGGCCGAGCUGCCCAUACUCCCGAGUGUCCAGACGGUGUGCAGGUUCUGCGGGCGUGGCGUGUGGAGGAUGAGCGAUGUUCCCCCACUGGAGUACGAGCCGCUCUCCCCUGCGCUCCCCAGCAGGCCACCGCUGGCUGCAGACGCUGAGCAGAGAACGGCUCUAGCCUUCGUGGGCCUGCUCAUGCUCUUCCUACUUUUCCUGCUCGUGCGCUGCUUCCGCAUUCUGCUUGAUCCCUACAGCCGCAUGCCGGCCUCGUCCUGGACCGACCACAAAGAGGGCCUGGAGAGGGGCCAGUUCGACUACGCGCUGGUAUAAAACACUGUCCGGCGACGGUGGACGAGCCGAGAGCCUCUGCCUUCGCUCUCUCUGUGGUCAGCCCUCGACGACAUCCCACCUCCAUGUGAAUCUCCUUUCAUCGCAUCCUGUAGUGACUCCUCAGGUUCCCCUUAGAGCAGUGCUGCCUGAUCCAUGAUCCACUUUCCCUUGGCCCAUAAAAUCUGCAGAGCAUUCGGUCAGAGUCCAGUGCUAUGAACUACUACUAUUCCAUCAGUUAUGAAAAACUAAUACAGUUUUGUCAAAUUCUGUUUUUCACAUUCACUAGUCCAGACUGAUGCAUAUUUAUUGAGUCAGUAUCAGGUGUUAGUCGUUACCAAUAAUCUACACAGUGUUUUAGGUGUAUAUGUGGAGUAACACAGUUCCAGAGAAAUCUUGUUCCAGAGACAUUUUGUAGGUUCUUCAUCAGUUAAGCAAAGUGCUUCUUAGGAUGUCACAGUACCCAGAGUUAGACCCAUUUUAUAUCAUAGUCAGAAAUAGAUUUAUCUCAUUUUAAAUGAAUAAAUACAGAUGCAACAAUAUGAUAAUUGGCAUCUGUAUCUGAUCAAUGAUAGCCUGAAAUUAUGAAUGUUCAUCAGAUCAUUUUUGACCUCUCAUCCAGUCAUCUUAUUGUAUUUUUUUUAAAUGCUAUCAACUAGUCCAGUCAGGAAAAUUACCUCCAUCUCAGGUCCAUCAUUAGUUUAAGGACAGUAACAUCAGGCACCUUCACUGUAAAAUUUUCUUCUGAAUAUGUUCUGCAAUUAUUAAAGUGAAUAGUUUAUACUGUCAACCCGUAUUAGAGCUCUGAUAUCCGCAACACAUCAAAAUUGGUCAAAAGUGGCGUCGCUAAAUGUCAACUGGGCAAAGUAUUAGUUUUUGAUAAAUGGGGAACUGUUCUUGGUAGUGGACUCAGAGAAAGUAUGCACUCGAUAUAUUUUAUUCCAUCACCAUUCAUGUCAUAAUUCACAUCAUAAUGUUUGGGAACCCACUGCUCAAUUAAUACAGGCUUUCAUUAUCACAGCAGGGCUGCCAUAUUGGAUUGACUAUUUCCAAGCUAAUCAGCUAUACCCUGCCUCAUUCACUACAGACCCAGACUUUAACUGAAUGAAAAUGUAUAGAAUUUAUAAAUAAUCAUCAGACAGAUAAUUCUGAGCAGCUUCAAGCAGUAGUCAGAUCACAGGCGCAAAUAUAGUUACCUAGCUGAAAAUGGAAUAAAAGGCAGAACCAAUAGAAAAGAAUGACAGGCUUUGCUAAUCUGGUAGUCACAGCUACAGCUAUGGCAGCUAUGUUAGCUUUUCAUUUAAAAAAAAUAAAAAAAUAAAACAAAUUAGCUAGCUAAUGUAUUAGCUAUUUACUGGACUUCAUAUUGUCCAGUUCGAUCUACUAAUUUGCUGAUGACCUUUUUUCUUAUUUAUCUUUUUUUAAUUUGUAUGUACUUAGCUCACUUACAGCUAGCAGAGAAGAGAAGUACCUCACACAGGACUGCCGUAAUCAUCGUUUUGCUCUGCUGAAAUAAAACGCAGUGUGACUGCUGCUCAAGGCUACAUUCCAGUCCAGAGCUUCACCAACCUGCUGUAAUAGAGACCGGAUUAACAUAUUUACAACCGUACUUUUAUCACUUUUGGAUAGAAUUGGUUAUCAAACACCAGAUAUAUAAAGAGUGUACACCUGCUACGUGAAAGUCCCUUCAGACUGCUGCCUUCAAGCACGCGUAAUUAGCACUGUACUUUUCCCCUGAUGAUGUGUUAUUUCCUUGGUGUUUACAGGAGCAGAAUCCCCUUUAAGAUGUCAGAAAUGUGAUAUUGCUGCAGUGUAUUUCAGUGUAUUUGUAUCAUUUACAAGCCAUAUCUAUCUAUAUUUAUGCCUUGGACAGUGUUAUGUUGUGUGGCCAUUAGCCGUAGCUGAUCUGCCGAGCUCUGUGACUGUGUAGUGAGUUACUGUGUGAGUUUUAGAACUACUGAAAGUGCUUUAUUUUUGUAUUCAGGCUCAGAUUUGGAGUCUCCUUUUGCUAAUACUGUACUGUAUGUAUUCAGUUUAAGAUUUCUAGCUCAAUGUCUUCUCACUGGAUCAAGAAAGAAAAAAAAAUUCCCAUAACAAUGUGUUGCUUUGGUGUGUUUUUGAUAUUUGUACUGUAAGCAGAUUGGAUAUUUUCCUAACUCCUUUGUUUUUGCUAAGCUGGGGCAAUUGUGUCAAAUAAACAAGGGUUUUAUUCA